CAGCAAGCUUAUUUCAGGGCUUCAGGCUGAGAGCCAAACCCCUCUAUUUUUCGCGAUUGUAUUCUUUUCUCAGUCAGUGCAAUCGAACUGGACACUUGACGAUCACCCUUCACCUGCAGAUUCUGUGGACAUGGUCACUGCGGCGCGGAAGACGGAACAGGAAGUGAUAUCACACAUGGGCCAGUUUGUCGGCAGUAAAAACAGUUAUAUACCCCAAGAGAAAUCACAGAUCUUAGACCUCCUAUAUACGUUGGUGGUACUUUGCUCCGCUUAUAUUGCGCGUGGGGACUUUGCUAGUCUAACGCUCUAUCUCGAAUGUGCAUUGAGCACUAUAGAUAAGGGACUUGAUACAGAAUUGGCCCUGGAUGAUACCUUUCUCUUCCUUGUUAGUUGGCUGGGAUACAUUCAUACAGUGACAAUGUUGGAUGAAACGGUCCAUACACUAAAUGCGCCGGAUUAUCUGAGUAUCGUAUCAGAGCAAAGUUUUGAUCCCGCGGGCAAAAACAUGUUCUUUCAGAGUGUGGAUUCUUUCAACGGGAUAUCGCAAACUGUCACAGAUCUUCUUUAUCGACUAGGAAGGGUUCUUCGUUCGCUUGCUGAUGGUGGACGCACCUGAUCAUCGGAGCUAGAUGUAGACAAAAUGAUCCUUCAGACUCGAGUGCGCUUACUUCUUCGAAAAUUGGAAAGAUUCAAACAGGACACAGACUUGACUGAUGACCUUGAUCAUUACAAUGAGUCAUUGGUACACACCUGCUCGCUUAUUAUUAUCAUACGGAUCAAUGGUGAAAGUGCGAAAUCCGAAAUGACUCUGUUGACCAUGUCCUUUAAUCUUGUGCUGCGGUUCAGGAGAAUGUCCCUGUAGCCAAGCUGAUGCUAUU